UGCAUACAAUCUGCUACAUACUGUAUCACGGUAGCUAGGUGCAAUGUCGUACUAUCACAGCCACUGGAGAGAUUUAGACGCAUGGAAGAAAGAAGGUCUCAUCUUCUCUACUCCAAGUAAUGAAGCAGCCAAGCUAUAUGAUGGAGCUUUGACACAGAUUGUGCAGUACUAUACCGAUGAGAGUUUGGGAGGUCUAGAUAACACUAUUCAAAAUAUCAUUAAGGCUGAUCCAAACUUUGUGAUGGGAUACGUGUUAAAGAAUGGUAUGAAACUCAUGUCUACCUACAGUGAUGUUGAUACCAACCCUGAACUGAAACAAGGCAUAGAUCAUAUGAUGAGUAUUGUUGCUAAGGGCAACAUUACUGAACGCGAAAAACGACAUGCGCUGGCUUUCAAGGAGUGGUCUGAAGGAAAUACAGCAAAGGCAUGCCUAAUCUGGGAAGAUAUUUUAACAGACCAUCCUACAGACAUGUUUGCAUUGAAGAUGUGUUAUGGCACCUACAUAUAUAUUGGCAUGUAUCCUCAGUUGAGAGAUUCCGUGGCUAGAGUGUUCCCUGCAUGGAAACCAGAACUUCCAUUCUACUCGUACUUGCAUGGUAUGUAUGCAUUUGGUCUGGAGGAAACUGGGUUCUACCAUGAUGCAGAGAAACAUGCAAUCAAGGGCCUUGAAUUGAAUCCACAUGACUGCUGGGCAACUCAUACGCGGGCUCACAUAUUUGAGACAACAGGAAGACAAGAUGAAGGCAUUGAUUUUAUGUGUAAAACAGAGAAAGACUGGACUGUUGGUAAAUCACUUGCAGGGCAUAACUACUGGCACUUGUCAUUGUAUCACAUUGAAAAGGGUGAUUAUGAGACUGCUUUGAGCUUGUUUGACAGUGAAGUUGGUCGGAGGGUUGGCACGAACACCAUGUUUGAGAUGCUUAAUGCCUCGUCCUUACUGUACAGAUUACAGAUGGAAGGUGUUAACGUGGGAGAUAGAUGGACAACACUGAUGAAUUACUGGCAGCCACAUAUUGAGGACCAGAUUUGGAUAUUCCAAGAUGUUCAUAUGAUGAUGUGUACGCUGGGUGCCAAGCGUCAAGAUUUAACCUUGAAACUACUGGAAUCAUUGAGGAACUACGUCAGAGAUGGAACUGGAACGAACUGUGAAGUGACACGUGAGGUUGGAGUACCGCUUUGUGAGGCAUUCGAACUUGCAGAUAAGGGUCAUUUUGAUCAGGCUGUCGAGCUACUCAAACCAAUUCGAUACAACAUUGUGAAGCUUGGAGGAAGUAAUGCACAACGUGAUGUGUUCAACAUCUUUCUCAUCAACACUGCCAUCAUGUCACCUCGUCAAGAUCAUCAGAGAUUCGCUAGGAGACUUCUGUCUGAGCGUAAAGCCUUAAAAGAAAACUCCCCCUUGACAGAAAGACUGGUUGCCAAGGCGAUGGCAAAUCACUUGGACUAGAUGACUUCCCUCAUUCACAGCCGUGGUACUAAACUUAUCACAAUUUAUUAAAAACUGAAUCAAUAAAAUCACCAAAAAAUCAAUAAAUGACAAGAAAAUGUCAAACAUUUAAACUU